AACUAAUUAUCCUGGAACCCAACACCUGCAAUCCUACUCACCAGUAUCCUUCCGGAGUUCAGACGUCCUGGUCAUACUAAUAUUCUAUCCCGGAGACAGCUCGUCUUGUCCUAGUAAUACUAUAUAUCGAAGCUAAUUCGGUGUUAUUCCUAAAUAUACUCUGUAUUCCAGAGAUAAUUCGUUCUGGUCCUAUUGAUACUGUAUCCUGGAGAUAUUUCGUAUUGGAUCUUUCGUUCGAAUCAAAAAACCAUCCAUUGAACAUUAGCAGUUUUAUUUUGCACAAUCUUCACAAGAUUUCCAUCAACUAAACUAUUCUAUGACCUUCUCUUAACUUAAACAUGAUUAGUGAACAACCCUUAGACAUGAGCAGACCAUCCUCAGAUAUUAAGCCCUACCUGGAGCAGAGUUCUGAACCCAACCCGGAGGAAACUUCUCCUCCUCCCCUCACUAAACUGAACCUAGUGAAACCGAAAACUGUAUCUUCUCCGAAAGAUUUCUUUGCUAAACUAUACGGUCCUGAUGAAAGUAAAUCUGGGAACCCAACUGCAGCUCCUGUUGUCAGCUCUAUUCUAACAAAUAUGUCUUCAAACCUAGGUUUCUCUCCCUACCUUUCUCACUACCCAGAUCCAACCCUGUUCAGGUUCGAUUCUCUACCUCUACCCGGUGGCCUAGCUGCUUUCCUAGCGCGGCGUCAGCGAAAAGAUGCGCGUCAGCGUCGUCAGCGCACAACAUUCAGCCAGGAGCAGACUCUAGCAUUGGAAAUAGAAUAUCAGAGGAACGAGUAUAUCAGUAGACCAAG